AUGGCUUCCGACGGGGUCUACUGUACGCUCCUGCUGAGCGAUCAUUAUCUUCCGGGUGCUAUGGUCCUUGCCCAUUCCUUACGCGACAAUGGCACGAAAGCGAAGCUGGUGGCUCUCUUUACACCGGACAGACUACAAUCAGCCACUAUCAAUGAGCUACGGACCGUCUAUGAUGAGCUGAUCCCAGUGAGCUCGAUGGUGAACGGCACCCCGGCGAAUCUCUGGCUGAUGGAUCGCCCAGACCUGAUCGCGACGUUCACCAAGGUCGAGCUCUGGCGCCUGACACAAUACAAGCGGGUCGUAUACAUUGAUUGUGACAUCGUGGCCCUGCGAGCUCCCGACGAGCUGUUAUCCUUAGACGCAGACUUCGCCGCUGCACCUGACGUUGGCUGGCCAGAUUGCUUUAAUAGUGGGUUGAUGGUCCUCCGACCUAAUUUGCAGGACUAUUAUGCGCUCAAGGCUCUUGCUGAGCGAGGCAUCAGCUUCGACGGCGCGGACCAGGGACUGCUGAAUAUGCACUUCCGGGACUGGCAUAGGCUAAGCUUCACGUAUAAUUGUACGCCCAGUGCCAAUUACCAGUACAUUCCUGCGUACAAGCAUUUUCAGAGUACCAUCAGCCUUAUUCACUUCAUUGGUUCGCAGAAGCCGUGGACUAUGCCGAGGCAGAUUGUUCCGCUGGAGUCUCCAUACAACCAGCUGCUAGGUCGGUGGUGGGCUGUUUAUGACAAGCAUUAUCGUUUGCCAUUUGUAUCACAGCCGCAGGGCGCACCGGGUGGGUUCAAGACAUCGCACCCGCCCCAAAUUGUUCCCACGUCUAGCACUGAAGGCCACACAAGUCAUACUCGGGCGCAUGAACCGACGGCGUCUCACCAUGAGCAAUGGCCGCAACCGUACCAUGUUCAUGCUGAUUCGGAACACCAGCCUGAGAGCUUCCAUCAUGUGUCACACCACGAAGCACCGGAAGUCGAUGAACAACACCAUGAACAACGCCAUGAACAACACUAUGAACAACACCACGAACAACACCGUGAACAACACCAUGACACGCAUCAUGAGGUUCAUGCAGCUCCGGCCGAAGCAGCUCCGGCUCCUGUAUUGAGCAUGGUACCUCAAUAUGUUCGCGGAGAGGAGCAUGUUUCAACUUAUAUCCCCCCGUUGCCUUACACGGCGCCAAUUACAUUCGCCCCCAAACUGAGCCAUGAGACACAUCAUGAGAUACCGCAAGUAUACCAGCAGGCACCGGAUGAGGGAAGUCAUCAUAUACACCAACCACAACCCGUGACGCCGAUUCCUCCAAUCGCUUCGAUGGAUGAGCCAUAUCAACGUCCACCUUCUCCGAUACCAGUGCCUCCAACCUUUGAGGCACCUAAAUAUGAGUGGGAUCCGGCGCGAGAGCCACCACCGGUGAAUUCGAAACCGGAGGGAAUCAGUCUGCAACAAAAGACGUACACCAUGUCUGAUGACACUCAACUAUUCCAACCCCCUGCAUCCUAUCCCGAGGCACCAAGAAACAUGUACUACCAAGUCCCCGCAACCAGAUCAGCACCAGAAAAGCCCGCCCCAGUAUUCCCCUGGGAAAGCCACGCUCCGAAACCAACCCGCGUCUUCCCAACCGAGCAACCACCCCCAGAAUCAACCGAGGACGAACCAACCCCUUCCCAAACAACCAAAGACCCCAUCCAUAACCCCCCACCCCGACCCCCUCAGGCCCCUCCUACACCCGAGUCCCCUACGAACCAAGCUCCGAAUCAUGGCAAACAUACACACGCUCCAACGCCUGGGACGAAGACCCCGAGAUCCAGCGCUACAUCGAAACAGUGCAACAAGCCCGCAAAGCCAGAACCCAAAGACAGCGUCUCCUCACCCCCAUCCAUAGGCCGCAAACCAAGCACCAUAAUAACAGACUUCCCAACCGAAGUCGAGCGCCCCAGCCUCCCCGUAACGCCCGCGCCAAUCCACCGCGGCAGUGGUAGUUACGGAGCGAGCCACGAUGGGAGCGAUGCCUCUGGCGCGCAUGGCCUGCCCACUGCGGAGGGCGUGCCGAGCCAGGAGGAAUGGAAUCCCCUGGCUCGGCUCGAGGAGCUGCGUCGUCGGCAGUCGGAAGUUUUGGAGCAUCCGGAGAGACUCUUUAGUCGUCUUGCUGGGUUGCCUGAUAGGGCUAGUUUUGAGAGUGCCCCUGAGGCUGAGUGA